GGUUUAAACAGAGCUCUCAGAACUUGGAAGUCCUCAUCCAACCAAGCGAAGAGCUUCAAUCAUCAGCCAUGCCUGAUCCAGUGAAAACAUCCAAGAAGGGUGCCAAGAAAGCCGUCUCUAAGAGUGCUUCCAAGGGCGGUAAGAGGAGGAAGAGCAGGAAGGAGAGCUACGCCAUCUACGUGUACAAGGUGCUGAAGCAGGUCCACCCUGACAUUGGCAUCUCCUCCAAGGCCAUGAGCAUCAUGAACUCCUUUGUGAAUGAUGUUUUUGAGCGGAUUGCCGGUGAGGCCUCCCGCCUGGCUCUCUACAACAAGCGCUCCACUGUCAGCUCCAGGGAGAUCCAGACCGCCGUCAGGCUCCUGCUGCCCGGUGAGCUGGCCAAGCAUGCCGUGUCCGAGGGAACCAAGGCCGUCACCAAGUACACCAGCUCAAAGUAACCUGCUCUGAUGCUGACUGUGAAACUGCACACAAAGGCCCUUUUCAGGGCCACCCACCAUCCAGCUAAGAGCUGCUCUCCAACAGUUUUCUUUUCUGUCUUAUACAUGUUUUCAUUGUUUUUUAUUUUAUGCAUCACUGCUUACAGAUCUGUUAGAGCAGUAAGGUGUAUUAAGGAGGUCAGUCAACAAAUGCAAAUGUACCUACAAUGCAUCAAAUUUUAAAUUGCACUCUUCAAACUGAGGAAACAAACACUGAAUACUUAAUUCUCUGCUGCCUUAUUUAUUGAUUAUUUCAUCAUCUGUGAACAUGAAAACAUCUUAAGCUGUUAAGCUUUAUAUCUAUAAUUUGCAUAUUAGUCAAUACAAAAUGGAACAAGUUUAAAAUUAAGCUAUACUUACUUUAUUUGAUCAGAGAAUUCCUAAAAAUCAAAGUAUUAGUGAUGUCUGUU